UCAACGAAAUUGACAUCGAUUUUAGUUGAUUUAGUUUCAUUUUAUGUGAAAAAAUCCAUUUCCUUGAUGAAAAUAAGUAAAACCAUCCAUUGAUUCCAGCUUAUUAUGCAACUGUCGAAUUUCGCAAAGAUUGGAAUAGGUUGGACACUAGCGGUUGGGGUUGGACUCUACGGAUUCAUUGCAUCGAAAAGUUCCAUUGACAAGAGACGCUAUCAGGAUAUGAAAAUCCGUGAACGUAUGCGUCAAUCGAACGUUGGUGAUUACGAACGCAGUGAACGAAGAUUUUAAACGGGAAUAGCUGUACAGUCUUGUUGUGCUAUCUAGUGAACAUAAACCGGAGGAAUUUUUAUCGUACAAAUCCAAACAAAGUAAAAUGGCCCAAAUGAAUGCAGCCGAUCAAGCGAAAAUGCAAAUGAUGCAAGAUCUGGAAAUUGAGAUGAUGUCCGAUCUGUACAACCGAAUGACACAAGCAUGCCAUAAAAAGUGUGUACCGCCACGAUACAGUGAACCGGAUUUGGGGAAAGGUGAAUCGGUCUGCCUAGAUCGCUGUGUAGCCAAAUAUUUAGACAUUCAUGAGAGAAUCGGCAAGAAAUUGACGGCCAUGUCGGUGCAAGAUGAAGCUUUACUUAAAAAUAUGAGUGGAUAGAGCAGCAUGUGAGAGCAUAUUAGUACUUUUCUGGGUGUAGUGUGAUUAGAAUUAACAUAAUUUCUUCUUUGGUUAAUUAAAAUGCAAAUUAAAUGGAAA